GCGGCAUUUAGAGUUUGAUAUUUAACCGGCUUCAGUUGAGCUUAAAUUUUUUAUAAAGUGUAGUCAAUAAAACUUUUAAAUUAAUAAACGAAAUGAGGGACAUUUUGUUUAUUUCGCUGUUAUUAUUUGCGAUCCAAUUUAGCGGGUCACAGGCAGCGGCAUUUUCUGUGCGCCAAAACCGCUUUGAUGAAAUCCCAGAUUUGCAGACUCCAGCGCCAGUGGCCAGCUCUACAGAAACCACAAAGAAAGCUGAAACAGCUACCAGCGCUUUGUUGAAAAAAUGUCUUCCCUGUAUCAAAGGUGUAAAAUGUGUGCCUCAAAUUCAGUGUCCCGCUCACGUUCGCAUGGAAAGCCAUGAAAAGCCCCAGAUCUGUGAUUUGCCAGCUGGAAAAUUCGGCUACUGUUGCGUAACGGGACAAAAUCAUACUGCUCCAAAACCAGAGAUCUCAGACAAGGAACGGAGAUCUUCAUUUUCCACCAUCCUGUCACCUGCAGUUCUGGAUGAGGCACGUCGAAAUUUUGAACACCUGAUGCACGGAGUGGCUCAGAUUCCGGUCCGCCGAGGCUUCCCCGACUUUGCCCACGGCCUGGUAUUUCAUUCAACGGCCAAGGAUGAUCUUCACAACUUUGUUAUCUCCAACAGUGCUAUUGAACAGGUUAUAACCACCCAGUUGUUCGGAAAGAAGGAGCAGGUGCCCGUCGACGAUUUCAUAACAAAUAAUGUGCCCAUCAAGUUUACGGAGACUCCUUUGGCCCAGCACUGUCAACCCCAUCCAAUUUGUAGAAAUAUUCGAUCAGUAUAUCGCAGUUUGGAUGGUACCUGCAAUAAUCCUUUGCCACAGAGGUCGCUGUGGGGCGCUGCUGGUCAGCCCAUGGAGCGCCUGCUACCCCCCGCAUACGAAGACGGAAUCUGGACACCCCGGGCACACUCCUCCGAUGGGACUCCCUUACUGGGUGCUCGCAAGAUCUCGCGAACCCUGCUCACGGACGUUGAUCGUCCUCAUUCCUGGUAUAAUCUUCUGGUAAUGCAGUUUGGACAAGUUUUGGCACACGACAUUUCACAAACAUCUUCAGUGCGACUCGAAAAUGGGGAUCUCGUGCAGUGCUGUUCCCCUGAAGGCAAAGUCGCUUUAGGUCCGCAAGAAAGUCACUUUGCCUGCAUGCCGAUCCAUGUCGAACCGGAUGAUGAAUUUUACGGAGCUUUCGGAGUGCGCUGCUUGAACUUUGUAAGGUUGUCCUUGGUGCCCAGUCCAGAUUGCCAACUCAGUUAUGGCAAGCAGAUGAACAAGGUUACCCACUUUGUGGACGCCUCUCCAGUUUAUGGAUCGAGUGAUGAGGCUUCUCGUAGCUUAAGAGCUUUCCGCGGCGGUCGUCUGCGAAUGACGAAUGACUUUGGACGAGAUAUACUGCCAUUGACAAACGACAAGAAGGCCUGUCCCAGUGAGGAGGCUGGAAAAUCUUGUUUCCUCUCAGGUGAUGGUCGAACCAAUCAAAUCAUAUCCCUGAUCACCCUUCAAAUUCUACUGGCUCGGGAGCACAAUCGGGUGGCUGGGGUAUUAAGCCAACAAAAUCCUUCUGCCAGCGAUGAAUGGCUUUUCCAGGAGGCUCGCCGCAUUGUCAUUGCUGAGAUACAACAUAUUACCUACAAUGAGUUCUUGCCCAUUAUUAUUGGCCCGCAGCAAAUGAAACGAUUCCGUUUGGUUCCACAAUUUAAAGGCUAUGCUCAUGAUUAUAAUGUUAAUGUAAAUCCAGCGAUAACCAACGAAUUUUCGGGCGCUGCAUAUCGUAUGGGCCAUUCUAGUGUCGAUGGAAAGUUCCACAUCCGCCAGGAGCAUGGUCGUAUUGACGAAGUGGUCAAUAUUCCUGAUGUGAUGUUUAAUCCUUCGAGAAUGCGCAAGCGCGAGUUUUUUGAUGACAUGUUGCGAACUCUGUACAGCCAGCCAAUGCAGCAGGUGGACAGCUCAAUCAGCCAGGGACUCAGUCGUUUCCUGUUUCGCGGGGACAAUCCAUUCGGGCUGGAUCUGGCUGCAAUUAACAUUCAGCGAGGUCGUGACCAAGGGCUGCGUAGCUACAAUGAUUACUUGGAAUUGAUGGGUGCACCCAAACUGAAAAGCUUUGAACAGUUCCCUAGUGAAAUUGGGCAGAAACUAGCCCGUGUUUAUCGUACCCCCGAUGAUAUUGACCUGUGGGUUGGCGGAUUGCUGGAAACGGCCGUCGAAGGUGGUAUUGUGGGAGUAACCUUUGCUGAGAUUAUAGCCGAUCAGUUUGCACGUUUCAAGCAGGGCGAUCGCUAUUUCUAUGAGUACGAUAAUGGAGUUAAUCCCGGCGCAUUUAAUCCUCAGCAGCUACAGGAACUUCGCAAGGUCACAUUGGCCCGCUUACUCUGCGACAAUUCCGACCGCCUCACACUUCAAGCGGUGCCAUUGGCCGCAUUCAUACGUGCCGAUCAUCCCAGCAACCAAAUGAUUGGCUGUGAUGAUCCCGGCCUGCCUGCCGUUAAUUUGGAGGCAUGGCGCAUUUAAGAUAAUUUUUUAAAUCCAUUUUUAAUUUAUUUAUCGAGUUUUUAAAGUGUAUUUAUAUAUGCGAAUGUCUCGCCGAAUUGUAUAUCCCCGUUUUAUGUAACUGCGGCUAAAGAAGAAACCAAAAUAAAGCCGAUCGAUUAAGCUGGUUUCCAUUGCUAA